GAGGAAGUUUAAGAUGCCAUUUUAGUCGAGCUCAGUUUGUCCACCUAUAACAGAUCGCUUGUGAAGUGCCUUUUCCGGAAGAAUUUUAAAAUGAAACUGCAUACAACGGGUCGCAUAAUCUGCUUGGCUGCCGUCUGCUCAGUCGUCCUGCGAGUGCAGAGCGCACCGAUAGAUGACAGCACAUCCGAACACACAACAGCGACAGACAGCGUAUUACCAUUAACAGUCAAGCCACUAGACAGCAGCAAUGCGCCGGAUUACAAAGACCAGCCCAGCGAUGGGACAAAGGUGAAAAGAGCUACAUCGGUCGAAAUUUCUACCACUGAAAGCGACGACGCGGAAGAUGACGUCUCAAGUACUUCAGCGACGACGGAAGUCCCAAGCGUUCGCAGAAGACGUUCCUACAACGCCAUUUUGAGAAACCAAAGAGACGCAGACAGUGACAGCGACAGUAGCGACAGUUCAAGUAGUGAAGACUCAGUCAAACUCGAGAGGAAAAGGAGUGCAGAUGAUGAUUCCAAUAAUGGCAACGAAGAAACAGGAGAUGACGAUGAUUCCAAAGACAACAACUCCAAAGCCAACACAUCAAGCGAAGAGGAGGACGACGGCAGCACGGAAGAAGCUUCAGAUGACCCAGCAGACCGAAGACGUCGAAGAAACACAGAGAAUGAAAAGAGAGUCAAGAGGCAGGCACGUCGAGACUCCAAUGAAGAUGAGGAUGGCGGAUUCACAAGGGAAGCUGCAAUAGUAUCACCCAUAAGAAGGCGCCGAGCUCCCGACAAUCAAGACACAGAUGUUACAACAAAGGAGCCGACAAACUACGACAGUACCUUUGACCCAAUUGAAGAUAUAAAUGCUGGAGAAGUAUCAACAGGAACAAGGAGGCGGAGGCGGGAGGCUGACGCAUCUACAGUGGGGACCCUCGACGGGAGUCAAGUGAUCGUAGUGGCACCAUCAGACGUUCCCGUGAAAGAGAUCCCUAAAGCACUAAAUCAAACGCUUGCAACUCUACAGGAUCGAAUCAACCACUUCGAGGAUGAAGCGACAGCAGGUCUAGCAACUGUACCCACAGUGGGGGUUUUAGCUGGGGCAAGUACGAAGCAAGACAAAGACACAAUUAUCCACACCAUAUCAUCUGCACAGUACAUAGUACACUGAGACUCAUCAAAGUCUACACAGGUUUCAUGGUUAUUUUAAAUUACUGACACGGUGGAAACAAUCCAUCAAAAUAUAAAUCCAACGCACGCUUAAUGAUGAUAAUUCAAAUACAAAAUGCAUAAUACCAAAACAACAGCUGUCACACAAAUCAGACUCAAACCCGGUCCAGCAGUAAUUGUCAACAGCUCAACAAUUUGCUAGAAAUAGUUUCAAAACUCAUCAAGGACUGAAAAGCCGAAUGGCUUAUGUUGAAUACCGACUCAUAAAAUAGUAAUUAUUUAUAAAUCAAUUUAUAAGAAAUAUUAAACGUGUACAUUUUAUUUUAAUGAUUUCAUAUUUGUGUUAAUAGGUGUAAAGAAUAUUUUGUGUAAGACGUUAAACAUGAAGAAUACGUCUAGACUGAAAAUUCAGAUGACCUAUAUAUUAAGAAGAAAAUUAAAUUUAAUGUGAACAAUAAUUUAGAACACAUUUAUAAUAAAUCAUAUUAAUGCCAGUUUCAAUCACAUGGAAUUAUGUACAUAUUUGAUAUAACUCUCAGUAAAUGGCAUAAUAAUUUGUCACACAGAAAACUUUUGUAUCGGUGGUAAAUAAACACGAUUUGAUUUCAGUUCAUUUAAGAUAUAGUCAUUCUAUGACCACCACAAACUGUAAAUUAAAUUAUGAACAUCAAAUAUAAAAAUCAACCAAUUGUUUACCUCAAAAUACUGCACUUAUAUUUGCGUGUAAUAAAAAAUACAACCCUGUUUCUAA